AUGGACGAAGGGAUGGUGUCGCUGAAAUUUCAGAAGAGACUCGCCGCCGGCAUCCUCCAGUGCGGCAGAGGCAAGGUCUGGCUAGCCAAUGGAGUAAACAAAAUCUCCAUGACUGAUUUUCGUCAAAACACAAGAAAGCUGGUCAAGGACGGGUUCAUCAUCAGGAAACCUUCCAAGAUUUACUCAAAGUCUCGUGCUCGCUGGAUGAAGGAGGCCAAACGAAAGGAGCCUCCACCGCACCAAACCCGCCAUCAAACUGUCGCACUCGGAGGAGCUGCCACCACUUCACCAAAUAUACAGCUUCAUCAUCGCAGGGCUUUCACGUAG